GGUAAAUCUUAUUUAAAUAUUUGUUUAGAGGUCUAGGUUGUUCUGGAAACCGUGAACGCGUUGGUUUAAAUCCUUUAAACAUUCGAAGGUGAAUUUGAUCUAUUCAACCAAUUUGGGAUUUCUAAAGAGAUGGCGUUGAAUCCUCAACUCUUCCCUAACGGGAUGCCGGUUCCUUUCGUCAGCGAGAUGUUUGUAUUGGCAAGAGAUGGCGUUGAAUUCGAGGUCGACAAGAUUCCUUCCGCUGGAAAUCACGGGGGUCGUCUCAAAGCAAAGGGGAUAAUCUAUUUGUCAAAUAUAAGAAUGGUUUUUGUUGCUAAAAUUCCUGUUGAUGGCCUUAUUGCUUUUGAUAUGCCUUUGUUGUACAUCAAUGGUGAAAAAUUUAACCAACCAAUAUUUCACUGCAACAAUAUUUCUGGACUUGUUGAGCCUGUAGUCCCAGAUGACCAACACAGAGCUCUUUACUCCACCCACUCAUUUAAGAUCAUAUUCAAAGAGGGAGGCUGUGGAACCUUCAUUCCUCUGUUCUUCAAUUUGAUUGCUUCAGUGAGACAAUAUAAUCAACGUGCUAAUGUACCAACAGAAACUCGUGUGGAUCCUCUGCAGGCAUCUCAGACUCCUGUUGAUGAGAUGAUGAGACACGCGUACGUUGAUCCUAAUGAUCCAACAAGAAUAUUUCUGCAACAACCAAAUGCUGAUUCUCAACUUAGGCGUCGAACAUAUCAGCCACAGGCAGAUGGAGGUCAUGUUUGAGCUAGAAAUGCACUAUGCUCACCUUAAUGCAAGAAAUGUUUAUAUGGAUAUCGUGUAUUAAAAUUAUGGAAAUAAAUAAAAUUAUGAGGGAACUAUUUCUCAUGUAUGAUCAACAAAUAAUAUUUUAUCAAUUGUA